AUGUGCGACUUCGUGCCUCUUCCGAUCGUGUGCUUCCAGUGCGGAACUGACCAGAACCCAUGUCAUUGUAAAGUCAUUGGACCUACUAUCGGCUUCGUAGUCACAGUGGGCAUGGCUAUCUUCUGUUGGCCUGCGUCGCUGCUCUGCUGCUGCUGCGCAACUGAUACGGGAAAGAGCGUAUUGGCCCUGCCCGUGGACACGGGCAACUCAAUCAGUAAUGCGAUACCUAUAUGA